AGACAAACACAGAAGGAAUUUGACGUAUCGUUUGACAGCGUAUCACGUAUAAAAUACGAUUUUUACAUAUUUUUAAUAUAAAUUUUGUUAAAAUGCCGUACGCUAAUCAACCAUCGGUGCAUAUUUCCGAUCUGACCGAGGAAAAUGUGAAAUUUCAAGUCGAAGACACCGAGUUGAGUGUAGCAAACAGCAUGAGACGUGUCUUUAUCGCGGAAACACCUACCAUGGCUAUCGAUUGGAUCCAAUUAGAAGCAAAUUCCACGGUCUUGAGUGACGAAUUUCUGGCGCACAGAAUCGGUAUGAUACCACUGAUCAGCGACGACGUUGUCGAUAGGAUACAAUAUACGAGGGAUUGCCAAUGCAUGGAUUUCUGUCCUGAAUGUAGCGUAGAGUUUACAUUGGAUGUAAAAUGCAUAGAGGAUCAAACGAGACACGUAACCACAGCAGAUUUUAAAUCCAGCGACCCGAGAGUACUUCCUGUUACAUCCAGACACAGAGAGGAUGAUGCCAGCGAAUACGGAGAAACAGAUGAAAUAUUGAUAGUAAAAUUGCGUAAGGGACAAGAACUGAAGCUGAGAGCAUAUGCCAAGAAAGGCUUUGGAAAGGAACACGCAAAAUGGAACCCAACAGCCGGUGUGAGCUUCGAAUACGACCCAGACAAUUGCAUGAGACAUACUUUGUUCCCAAAGCCCGAUGAAUGGCCAAAAUCAGAAUACAGUGAAUUAGAAGAGGAUCAGUACGAAGCUCCGUUCAAUUGGGAAGCUAAACCAAAUAAAUACUACUUCAAUGUCGAAAGUAGCGGAGCUUUGAAGCCUGAAAAUAUCGUAAUGAUGGGCAUAGCAGCUUUGAAAAAUAAAUUAUCCAACUUGCAGACACAGUUAAGCCACGAAGUUCAAAGCGACGCGCUGAGCAUUCAUCAUUGA